GUGCGAUCCGCGAACGUGGCGGCCCGCUUUCGCCGCACGUUCGGAGGCCGAACAUUUUUGUACGUUGCCGGGGCUCGCCUCGUCGCUGGAAAUCGACGCCGGCUUCGACGCCUUUGCAUGUAAUCGGACAAUUGGCACACCCUGGAACCGGAGGCGCGUUAAAGGCGUUCCAAGAUGCCUGAAGAAGAAGACGAUGACGAUGCCAAGAAGAAGGGAAAGAAAGCCUCGAAAGGAAAGAAGGGCUCCAAAGGCAAGAAGGGCUCCAAGGGCAAGAAAGGUUCCAAGGGCAAGAAAGGUUCCAAGGGCAAGAAGGGCUCCAAGGGCAAGAAGGGCUCCAAGGGCAAGAAAGGGUCCAAAGGAAAGAAAGAAUCCAAGAAGGGCUCCAAGAAAGGCUCCAAAAAAGGAUCUCCGAAGAAAAAAGGGGGGUCCAAGAGCGCGUCUCCGGAACGAGAAUCGGGAGCGGCGACACCUGCGUCUAAGUCGCCGUCACCAGCACAGCAGCCGGCGGGACCCGUGCUAUCUGUCGACUGGUCAAAGAGGCGGCGACCGUUCGAGGACGCCUUCACAGCGCAGGGCUUCUACGGCGAUGGCAUGUCACCCAGCCGCGACCAGUUUUUGGUCAACGUGCAGUACUACGACAACGCCCCACCCCCGCCCGGCUACUACGACUACGGCGCCGCUGCGGCGCCCAUGAUGAUGUCACCGCAGGCGAUGCAGAUGCAGCCCAACACGGUCAUGAUGGCGUCGCCCAUGGGGGGAGACAUGAGACCCAUGAGGAGCGGCACCGUCAUCUCGUCCACCGAACGCGAGUACUUCGAGGUCGAGGAGCGACGCGAGAAGAAGCGGGGCUCCGUGGGCGCGGUAGGCGCGGUGGGCGGCGGCGGUGCCGGCAUGGUGACCUCGUCGCAGGGUCUGGUCGCGGGCGGCGCCGCGGUUCCCGCCUCGGCGGGCCUCAUCGGCGGCGCCGGCCUGGUGGGCGCCAUGCCGCUGCUCGACGUCAGCGACCAGGAGCUGUCGUCCAUCGAGAGAGACAUGCGCAAGAUGUACCACGACCGGUACCCCAGUGAAGAGACCACGUUGACAUUAUUUCCGGAGCGGUCCCUCAUCAUCAUCCUCGUCAUCAUCUUCAUCUUCGUCGUCAUCAUCGUCGUCUUGGCAGUCACGGGAAGCGGAUCCAAACCAAUGGGAGGAGUGACCACGGCGGCAGGCGCAUUCGGCUCGCCUGGGCAUCCAGAGGGUUCAACAAGGAUAACACCACCAGAAGGUCCUACAGAGGAGCCUGAUUACCCUCGUCCGCCCGGACCGUAUCCCCCUCCGCCCGGACCGUAUCCCCCUCCGCCCGGACCGUAUCCCGACCGACCCCCUACCACACGAUGGCCUGGUCAUCGCACAGCGGCAUCGACGAGGAAAACCAAACCCGGAACUGGACCACACACCGAAAAGAUGACCUUCAGCUUCACUCAGAAGGCUCGGCCUACCAAUGUUCCUGCGGGCGACUACUACGUGUGCACAACCGACUACUGCGAGGCCGAAGGCAGCUUCGUGUCGAGCGUGUUGAGCCAGACGACAAAGCCUUGCGAUGACUUCUACGACUACGUGUGCAACAAGUUCCAAGCGGAGCACACGGUGAACCUGCAGAAUGCCGACAUCGUCAGCACCGACACGCUGCUCUUCAGGGCCAUGGAGGAUAACAUGAAGUCCAUCAUCACCGGUCGCCAGGCGGGCACAGAGAAGCUCUACAACCUCUACAACGGCUGCCGGGAUGCAUCAUCCAAGCCUUCGGAGCACGCGAGCAAGGAGUUCAACAACAUCAAGGACGACGCCGGCCUGAGCGGCUGGCCAUUCGCGGACUCAUCGGACGCCAGUAACUACGACGCCGUGUGGACGGCGGCGGCCAAGCUCUGUCGGCUGAUGGGCAUUCACGCCUUGGCCAAGCUCACCAUCGAGCCGGAUCCGGAAGAGGUCGACAAGUUCGUCGUUGCGUUGGACGAGCCGGACGUGUUCCUGCGCAAGAGCGACGUGCACCUCGACAAGAUGGUCAAUUGGUACUCGGAGGCCGUGACGACGGCGCUGAAAGAGGGCGCCAAGAUCGCUAGCACGUCAGACGCUUCGAGCCAUGCCAGCAGCGUCGUCACAUUCGCCAAAAACCUCGUCAAGAUCUUGAGCCUACCGGACAAGACGAUCAUGGGAACCACCAUGUACAUGACGAAGAUGUCGAAGGAAAUCCCCAUGAAGUUGCAGAAGUUUGUGGGAAUCGUCGUGGACAUGGGGAGCCGUUCUUCGUACAUGCAAGGCGCCACCAGGGUCCUCUUGAAAUCUCCGCACUUCAUCAACAAGACCUUGGAGGAUCUUGUCAGAGAUCACCAGAGCUACGUGGUGCUCAACUACCUCGGCUUCCGGCUUAUGGUGGAACUGUCGCCGUACCUGCCGGACAGCGUGAGCGUGCUGCGCAACGUGUGGUACACGCAGUUCACCGGCAUCUACAAGCCGAACGUGGAGCGCUGGCGCGCCUGCCUGCACAGCAUCGACCGCGCCGUGCCGCUUUACCUGCUCUACAUGUACUCUGAGCACCUGAACAAGACCGCCUUCAGGGAGGUUGUGGCUAGGAUGACCACCGACAAGAUCGGCCGAGUGUUCACAGAAAACAUCAACAAAACCAGAUGGAUGGAUGGCUUCACCAAGUACAUCGCGGAGAGAAAGAUUAUGUCCCAGAAGAUACUGAGCUUUUACCCCGUCUGGGUGGCCAUCAGGGACAAGUUCAUGGAGCACGUCCAACAGCUGCCGUCGGCGACGGGCACAGAUGCCAUCAAGCAGUACUUCGCAUACGUACAGCACUUCAGAGACGACAUCUUCAAGGCAUACACGUCACAAAGAGCCAGGAUGAAGCAGUGGCCCGGCAGCGUCUUCGACACUGACGUCAUGUACGACAUGCAGAGGCAGGCCAUAUUCAUCCCAAUGGGUCUCUUCAACACAUCAGUGCCUACCAACAGUUCAGUCUUCGUCGUUCACUCUGCGCGCUACGGCGUCCGACUGACGAGGGCGAUGACGAGGAUGAUUUACGAAAAGAGCUACUACUACGACACGGGCAAGGUGUUCCCCGAGAUGGUGUGGAGCGAGACGUCCGCCCAGAAUUUCGCCAAGCGGCUGCAGUGCUUCUCCGACCAGUACGGCGAACUCGACGAUCCCACAAGUCCGGGCCACAAGCUCAACGGAUCGUCGGUGCGCGAGUCCGUGUUCGAGGAGAGCGCCGCCAUCACGCCUGCGUUCAAGGCCUUCCAUCAGCUGCUGAACGUCUUCAGGAUAUGGCAGCGAGACUUCCGCUUGAUGAACGCCGAGCACCUCUCGUCGGAUAAGCUCUUCUUCAUUUACUACGUGUUGGACAACUGCGUCAAAGCCAACCAAGACUACAUGAUGUACCAAAAGUACGGCACCAACCAAGCCUUCGUAAAACAGAGGGUGAUGCUGGCGUUGAAGAACUCUCACGAGUUCUCGCGGGUCUUCGGCUGCCCAGAGAGCAGCGCCAUGAACCCGGCCAGAAAGUGCAGCGCCUGGGGCGGCUAGUCUUCGUCGACGGGGAGAGUUCGAAAGAGCUGACCGGAGCCCCGCCAGGUACCCGAGUGGGGGUGGUGGUGGACGGGGUUCAUGCGCCCACCCUCCCUUCCCGAAAGUGCAGAGCGACAACUUGUUGGAAGCCGCGAACGCCCGUCUCUCUCUCCCAGCUUGACAGCCCUUGCCUCGGCGACGAGCACAACCCCUGGCCGUGAAGCGGGAAACCCACUGUGUGUGUUUGCCUGUGCCACGAAUAAAAGCAUCAUCAGCCCUUUG